AUGUCGACCACUGUCCACGUCAAGAACAUCUCGCCGGAGACCAGCGAAAAGGAGGUCAAGGACUUCUUCAGCUUCUGCGGCAAGAUCACUUCGAUCUCUGUUACUCCUGAGUCCUCCGCCCCCGAUGCACCCAAGUCAGCCACCGUAACUUUCGAGAAGGAAAGUGCCGCUAAGACCGCGCUCCUUCUUGACAAUACCCAACUCGGAAAAUCACAAGUGAACGUUACCACCGCGAGUACCAUUGAUGACGUUGCCUCCAAAGCCGGUGCGGCCGUGUCAUCGUCAGUUGGAGACGACCACAUUGCACAGGAAGACAAGCCUCGAUCGAGAAUCGUUGCCGAAUAUCUCGCUCACGGCUACGUACUCUCCGACAAUGUCAUCAAGAAGGCUAUAGACAUGGACAAUAAACAUGGCUUCAGCUCCCGAUUCACCGAGGCCCUCCACAAGUUCGACGACAAAUACAAAGCGACCGACACCGCAAAGUCGGUAGACAACAAAUACGGUGUUACGGAUAAGGCUAUGAGUGCUUGGGCUGGUCUGAACUCAUACUUCGAAAAAGCCUUGGGCACUCCUACUGGCAAUAAGGUCCGAGAGUUCUACAAGCAGACGGACAAGCAGGUCAGAGACGUGCAUUCGGAAGCCAGAAGACUUGCAGAUCUCAAGGCUGGCAAGACCAGUGAGCCAGAGCAGGUCCCGGGUAGCGACAAGACGGUGUGCAAGUGCGGUGGCUCCGAGGGCGCCUGUGGCUGUGCUCCUGGCCACUGCAACUGUGCCAAUUGCGCAAAGAGUGACACGGAUGCCAAUCAGCCAGAAUCUGUCCAGGGCACCGACAAGACAGUCUGCAAAUGUGGUGGAUCUGAGGGAACAUGUGGUUGUCCGCCUGGCCACUGUGCAUGUGCCAAUUGCGCAAAGAGCAGCGACUCCGCAACUAGCGAAGUCAAGGAAGCUGCUCAAGCCAGCGGGCAACAGUUGCCAGCCGGAAGCGUUUGA